CCUCAAAGCAAAUGCCACUCAAUCGUACCUAUGCGUUUAUGACUGCUGGCAGUAGCGGCCCGGUUUCAGUCCGUCAGUUUUGAGUUUCACGUUUUCCUCAAUUCAUUGUAAUCUCCCACUCGGGACUCCGCUGAUCAGCCUGGCUCGCACUGAAAACAGGGUUUAGUGAGAGUCACACUGCGAGCGAGUGAGUGCGUAGCAGCAAACCAACUAAUGUAAAAGAUGGAUUUUAACUUUCCCCAGUCUGCGAUUUUCGCCGGAAUCUGUGUAUUGCUCCAGACACUUGUGUGCACAACCGCAGCAAGUUUGGAACCGUACGACCUGCUGUACGCAAGUGGCGUUGAGGCAUUUUAUAGACACGAUUAUGAGAAUGUGGCGCUGUACAUGGAGAAAGCCCUCUCAAGCUACACUGAGCUCCGGCAGACCAAGGUCCGGUGCAGACUCGGGUGCAAUGAUCAGCAUCCAUUUGAUGCAUCCUUUUCAGACUUGGCGUUCUUCAGUACGGUGCUCAAAAGGGCAGCUUGCUUUAACGAAUGCAUGGAGAGUAAAGUGGGGAAACAGCUGUCUAUGCACCUGAUCAGUGGGGAUGUUGUUCAAGACUUCAACAGAAGGGUCCCUUAUAACUAUCUCCAGCUAGCUUACUAUAAGUUGAAUCAGUUGGACGAGGCAUCAGCGGCAGCCCACACGUUCUUCCUGGCCAACCCUGAGCACAUGGAGAUGUGGCAGAACCUGGAGCACUACAAGCUGCUGGAGGGGGUGCAGGAGAGCCACUUCCAGGACAGGGAGGCUCGGCCACACCAGCAAGCCUUCACGUCUGGAGUAAAGCACUACGAUGCAGGGGACUAUGAGGAGGCUAUCUCAUUCUUCGAGGAGGCCCUGCUGGAGUAUGGCAAGGCGGACAUGGAGUGCAGGGCGCUGUGCGAGGGCCCACAGAAGUUCGAAGAGUAUGAGUACCUGGAUUAUUACCCCAGCCUGUACAAGGCAAUCUCAGAUCACUACAUGCAGGUCCUGAUUUGUGAGCAUGAGUGUGUGCGUGACCUGGCCACUCGCCCCGGCCGGAUGUCCCCGAUGGAGAACUACCUGCCCCUGCAUUACGACUACCUGCAGUAUGCCUACUUCAAGGUGAAUGAGAUUGAGAAAGCAUUGGAAUGUGCCUGGACCUACUUGCUCUUUCAUGAAGGAGAUGAGUUUAUUACCAAUAACAUCGAGUUCUACAAGGAGGUUCUAGCUGAGAACAAUAGGCCCCAGGACAUUAGACCACGCCAGGAUGCUGAGAGGUAUGUGAGGCGUCAUCAGCAGGAACUGAAGGUCCUUCUAGUGGGGAGUGACAGCCUGGAUUUCGUUUACUCCGAGUCGAAUUACUGGAGCACCACAUUUGGCAGAGAGGAUAUAAACAGGGUCCCUUCGGGAACUGCCAUUGGUGUUGUCUCCAGCUCUCCAUCAGAGAAGAGAAACCUGGCUUCAGAAACGGACUCAGGGCUGCGUGAAGGUGGGCUGGUGCCCUAUGAUGAGGUGCAGAUAGUUUUGGGUUCCGAGGCGCUCAACGGUUCCCAGCGAGUCCUGCUCAACGGAGUGCUCUCGGAGCAGGAGUGCAGGGAUCUCAAGAGCGCAGCGCAGACAAUCACUAUGGCUGGGGAUGGAUACAGUGGGAAGAUGUCUCCCCACACGCCCAAUGAGAAAUUCGAAGGGGCAACGGUACUGAAAGCCCUGCAGUAUGGCUAUGAUGGGCGGAUCCCAUUGAAAAGUGCCCAGUUGUUUUACGAGGUCAGUGAGAAGGCACGGAGGACCAUCGAGUCCUAUUUCAUGCUGAACUCCACCCUGUAUUUCUCAUACACCCACCUGGUGUGCAGGACUGCAAUCCAAGGCCAGCAAAGCCAUCGGAACGACCUGAGCCACCCGAUACACGCAGAUAACUGCUUACUGGACACUGAGGCCUACGAAUGCUGGAAGGAGCCCCCUGCAUACACCUACAGAGAUUACAGUGCUAUUUUAUACCUGAAUGGAGAUUUUGAUGGCGGGGAGUUUAUCUUCACUGAGAUGGAUGCCAAAACAGUCACUGCCUCAGUGAAGCCCAGUUGCGGGCGGAUGGUGGGCUUCUCAUCAGGUGGUGAGAACCCGCAUGGUGUGAAGGCCGUCACCAGGGGGCAGCGCUGCGCUGUAGCCAUGUGGUUUACACUAGAUCCACUCUACAGAGAACUGGAGAGGCUACAGGCCGACGAGGUGAUGCAGUCUCUGGAUGAUGAACAUCGACUGGACAUUCUCAACCCAAGGGACGAGUUAUAAGCGCAUUCAGAAUGACAUGGAACGUUAUGUUAAUUAAUAUCUAUUUAUUUAAGAAUGUUAAUUUUAACGUUUUAUUUUUGUACCAUGUGCCAAUAUAGUGUGUAAGUGUGAAAAAUGUUUUUUUGAGGCGACCUAAUGGAUAACGUGGCAUGGCGCUACUUGAAUGUUUUUUUUGUUUGGUUUAUUGGUUCUUGUGUUGCCUAUUCUGUAGCACUGUUUGCCUUCCAUGCCACCCAAAGCAAACCUAAACUUCAGCCCGUUUCUUGAUAGUUUAAUGAGUUUAUCGGACAGGUGUGGCUUCACACAUGAGUUUUGUGCUGGUCAUACCAAGGAGGACAAUGUAGCAUUGCCUUUCCCUUAAAGUCUCCUGUGCCUAUUGCGGUGGGGUCGUUGGAGUGGAAUUCAAUUUGUAAUAUCUCUCUCUGUCUCUCUCUCUCUCUCUCUCUCUGUCUCUCAUACGUGUUUGUUGUGUUCAUGUAUGUAUUUGUAUUGUGCUGUGUUUUGUCUGUUGACUGAUUAGAAUGCAAAUGAACUCCCAGUAUUGUAUAAAGGAUGCAUUUUCUAGGUGCUAGGCUGCAUGUAUAGCGAUGAUCUGGGCAGCGCAGCUGAGACACAGAGCUGGAGGGUCUGAAUCGAAGCAGGGCUGUUAAAAUGACCCAAUGAAGACAGCAGUCCAAAGGGAUGGGUCUGCAGAGCAGGUCACUCGCAGCACUUUAAACCCCUGCAAACUCCUCAUUUGGAGUCCAGGCUUCCUCUGUUCAUUUUGUCCAACCUGUGCAGGCUUGUGAUUUAAUAAUGACUUCAGUACGAUAUGCAUUUACAGUUUGUUGUGUCUCUCUGUGAAGAAGCCCAGGCCUUGAUAAUCCCUCUUUCAUUGCAUGUAACACGUCUUUGUUUCUUGUGUUGGGUGUCAUUUUUCGGGACAGACUGCUUUGGUGUAACAGUGAAUCUCUCUCCAUUUCAAAGCUCCUAUGGGGUAGUAUGUAAGUUAGCAUGGAGCAGUUCCUGUUUAUAAUGAGGCUUCCUUCUCAUUGUUUGUCCUGCGUAGGAGUUUUGGAGAUGCCAGUAAUGGGAUUAAAAUGUUACAAAGCCAGUCUGCUUAGUCAUAUGGGCUGAUGCAAGCCACAUCCGCAGUACAAAGGGCAGUUUUCAUAUUUUACAUUCAAACUUUGCGGUGCUAAAAUGUUAAUAGCGUUUGUGUUGAGGAUCCAGCUCCACCACUUCUCUGCAGAGCCUCAUUUUGAAUAAAAGCAUUUAAAAACAGAGAAGUAAAUUCAUAUCUGUUUUUCAAGCUAUGUUAUGUAAAGGGCGCUCAUGAAACCAGCUAAUUAAAUGGCGGUACAGUACAUGUCUUUGUUACAUAGCUGCUAUUUUAACUGUCAAAAUUGAUAGUCAAAGAUCGUUUUUUAUGUUGUUACUUUUCUUUGUUUUUUUUUUUUUUUUUUUCUACAACGUGGUAUUUAAUUGAUUUCCUGUUCCAAGGAAUUUCUCGCCUAUGUUUUAUUGUUCUGUGGAUGGUUCAUGACAAAGAGCUCUGUGUUCUGUACCCUAUGGCCACUGCAUAGACUGUAUAUGCUGGAGGGCUCCCGAGUGGCGCAUCCAGUAAAGGCGCUCCACGUAGAGUGCAGGAUGAGCCCUAUACCAUGGAGAUCGCAAAUUCAAAUCCAGUGUAUGUCAUUGCCGGGGGUUCCUAGGGGGAGGGCUUAGGUCAGCAGGGCAAUCCACGUCUGUAGGUCUGCUGUUGUUCAGAUCUUUGUUGUCCUCCAGCACUAUAGGUCUGGUGGCUUCACUGUGGAUCUACAGUGUGAAAAAAGGCUUGGCAGGGACAUGUUUCGGAGGACAUGUGUGUCAGACACCAUUUCCCUGAGUCGAGAGAGGGGGGGGUUGCAGUGGUGAACUGGGAUUAAUAAAAACUUCUAAAUUAGGGAGAAAACUCAUUGGCAAUAAAAAAAACUAUACAGUGGGAGCACUGGCAUAUUCGCAAUAUUGUUCUCAAGUCUUUAUCUGAAGCAUCCACUACAUUUGGUUGUUUUUAGAUUAACUUUUUUUUUUAGGACAUUACUUGUUGGGAAGGGCCACUUGUUUUGUUUUCUGUUCUUUGCAAAUGUAUUUUGAAGGCAGGACUUCUGUAGUUGAAAAUGAUUAGCUUCCCGCAAGCAAUGAAGGUGUCUGAUUUUUUUUUUU